CAAAAAGCAAAUUAAAACAACUAAGAACUAAGGAUAGCAAACCAUACAAUGCUCUCAACCAUGAAAAUUCCAAAAGCUCACUUCUGUUUGGCCAUUCUUGUCAUUCUCUUUGCGCUUUCAAGUAGCCAAAAGGUUUGCAACCCGGCCUGUAAGGCUAAAGAACCCUUCAACUGCGACAAUCCCCUUACAUUCAACCGAACUAGUUUUCCAAAAAAAUUCACUUUUGGUGCGGCUACUUCUGCCUACCAGAUUGAAGGUGCAGCACAUAGAGCACUUAACGGAUGGGACUAUUACACUCAUAGAUAUCCAGAGAAAGUUCCAGAUCACAGUUCCGGAGACCUUGCUUGUGAUUCGUAUGAUCUUUACAAGGAGGAUGUUAAAUUACUGAAAAGAAUGAAGGCUCAAGCCUACCGAUUCUCAAUAGCAUGGUCAAGGGUCUUACCAAAGGGGAGAUUGAUUGGAGGGAUUGACGAAAACGGGAUAAAAUACUACAAUAACCUCAUCAAUGAGUUGAAAGCAAAUGGCAUAGAACCGUACGUAACAAUAUUCCACUGGGAUGUUCCCCAAACUCUAGAAGAUGAGUAUGGAGGUUUCUUGAGCCGGCGUAUACUAGAUGACUACAAAAACUACGCUGAGCUUCUAUUCCAGAGAUUCGGAGACAGAGUGAAAUUUUGGAUCACUUUAAACCAACCUUACUCUCUCGCAAGCAAAGGUUAUGGAGAUGGAUCGUAUCCUCCAGGACGGUGCACUGGCUGUGAAUUUGGAGGAGAUUCUGGAACCGAACCUUAUAUAGUUGCACAUAACCAACUUCUAGCUCAUGCAAAAGUUGUCGCAUUAUACCGAAAAAGAUAUCAGAAAUUUCAAGGUGGUAAGAUAGGAACCACCUUGAUCGGGAGAUGGUUCACCCCAUUAAACGAAAAUAGCAUUCUUGACAAGGCUGCUGCAAAGCGAGCAUUUGAUUUCUUCGUAGGAUGGUUUUUAGAUCCAUUGGUCUAUGGGAGAUACCCAAAGAUAAUGCGACAGAUGGUUGGAAAAAGAUUGCCAAAAUUCACACCUCAAGAAUCAAAGUUAGUCAAAGGAUCACUUGAUUUUCUAGGGUUGAACUAUUACGUUACACAAUAUGCGACCAACGCACCUCCUUCCACACAACCUAACGUCCUAACCGAUCCAAGAGUUACUCUUGGAUUUUAUCGCAACGGAGUACCUAUUGGUGUUCAGGCACCUAGCUUCGUCUACUACCCUCCAGGGUUCCGUCAGAUUUUAAAUUAUAUCAAAAACAAAUACGGAAAUCCACUUACCUAUAUCACUGAAAACGGAGUUGCUGAUCUUGAUACCGGAAACUUAACGCUGCCAGAUGCUCUUGCCGAUAAUGGACGAAUUCAAAAUCAUUGCAGCCAUCUUUCAUGUCUCAAAUGCUCAAUCGAGUGA